CAGUUUUCCAGCAUGGGCUUCUUUUUCUUUGCAUUUGCCUUGCCGACAGUCUGGUCUCUCCAUCUAUCCAGUUUGAUUUAAAAGGACCACGCGUGCAGCAAAAUAGGUCAUUCACCAUCGACCCCAACACGCACACAUUUCUGAAAGACGGGGCACAAUUUCAGUAUAUCGCCGGAAGUUUCCAUUAUUUUAGAAUUCCGACACUGUAUUGGCGGGAUCGCCUGGAGAAAGCCAAGGCAGCUGGUUUGGAUGCGAUCCAGCUUUACAUUCCCUGGAACUUCCAUGAACCCGAAGAAGGCGAAUACAAUUUCGCCGAUGAUCGGGACCUCGAAUACUUUCUAGAUAUCAUACGACAGCUGGAUAUGUUGGCAAUAGUCCGUGCUGGACCGUACAUAUGUGCAGAAUGGGCAUUUGGUGGUCUGCCUCCUUGGCUUCUUCGAAAGAAUCCGAAUAUGAAAAUACGUUCGUCUGAUCCCGCUUACUAUCAAGAAGUGGUGAAGUGGUUCAAUGUCUUACUGCCGAAACUACGAAAGCACCUCUACACCAGAGGAGGACCAAUCGUAAUGGUGCAGAUGGAAAACGAAUAUGGAUCAUAUGGUCUCUGUGACCGCACCUACAUGACAGAUUUGUACGACUUGGCGAGGUCGCAUUUAGGUGAAGACGUCAUUUUGUUUACGACGGACGGCUGCGCUCUGGGCUACCUUCGCUGCGGUGUUCUUGAUCCCAGAUACCUCGCUACGAUCGAUUUCGGCCCGACCACCAACCCCCCUGAUGUAUCUUUUAGUUCGGUGGAAAAGUUCAGGCCAGGUCAACCCCUUCUUCUUCAAUUCCAAGGUGGAAUAGAUGCAGUUGCUUCACAGAUUAACAGCGAAUUCUAUUCAGGCUGGUUUGAUGGUUGGGGUGGAAAGCACGCAAGAACCGGAGCGGAAUUUGUCCGAAACAGUUUAAUGAACCUGAUGAAAUAUUCCAAGCGAGUCAAUGUGAACAUGUACAUGUUUCAUGGGGGCACUAAUUUUGGACUGUGGAAUGGAAAGCCGGUGGAUGUUCCCGCGAUAACAAGCUACGACUACGACGCGCCGAUUUCGGAGGCUGGCGACGUCACGUACAAAUAUGAGCUGUUACAAAAGGCUAUUUUUGAGUUCCGAAAUCGAACGCCACCGCCGUUGCCAAAGAAUACCACAAAGAAGGCCUAUGGAAGUAUUCAACUACACCGGACAUCACACCUUCUGCUUGGUUUUGGAGUUCGCAUACCAUCUCGAUAUCCGCUUAAUAUGGAGAGCCUGCACCAGUACGAAGGAUUCACGAUUUACUACGUUAAGAUACCAGGUGCGCCAACAGAUGUCGAACUGACCCUCGCAAACUACCGCGAUUUGGCCCACAUCUUCACAGCUGACGAUCAGCUUGCGUGUGUUCGUUGGCGCGGCCUUUUGGACUGGCCGAGGAAUACGAUCAGAUUCGAUCUUCGGGAUUCGCUGGCACAAACGCAUAUAGUGCUGCUUUUGGAAAAUACAGGUUAUGUUAAUUAUGGCCGCGGAAUGUAUAACAACAUAAAGGGACUACUGGGUAACGUAACUUUGAACGGACAAAUCUUAUGUGAUUGGGUGAUGAUCCCGCUCAAAUCCCCACUCGAAACUAACGAAAUCGAUUUUCCGCAAGGGAUCGAAAAACUACCGGAACAAGGGUCAGUUUACAGUGGGGAGCUUCUCAUUCAGGAUGGUGAUCAACCGGAGGAUACGUUUAUUGAGCCUGGAGGUUUCAGUCGUCUAUUCCUUCAACCAAAUUGGUGCUAUUUCAUAGAGAUUCUUCUGUAUUGUCUGUUGGUUUGGGUGUUUCUAAAUGGCAGUCUUGGUGCACCUUCAAAUCAAUUCGAUGUUGAACAACCAAUUUCGGCUGCGGAACGCUCGUUCACCAUUGAUCCAUCCACGUAUACAUUUUUGAAAGACGGGGUGCCUUUUCAAUACAUUUCCGGCAGUUUCCACUACUUCAGAAUUCCAACGAUGUACUGGUCUGAUCGGCUGAAGAAGGCGAAAGCAGCUGGGUUGGAUGCCAUUCAAAUUUACAUCCCCUGGAAUUUUCACGAACCUGAAGAAGGCGAAUACAACUUCUCUGAUGAUCGGGACGUCGAGCAUUUCCUCGAUCUGAUACAACAACUGGAUAUGCUCGCCAUAGUCCGUGUUGGACCUUACAUAUGCGCCGAAUGGGCAUUCGGCGGCCUACCACCGUGGUUGCUGAGAAAAAACCCGACGAUGAAAUUACGAUCUUCUGAUUAUUCCUACUACCGAGAGGUCGUGAAGUGGUUUGGCGUAUUGUUGCCGAAAUUGCGCAGACACCUCUACACUGAAGGAGGGCCGAUAAUCAUGGUUCAAUUGGAGAAUGAGUAUGGCUAUACCAAAGCAUGCGACCGUGACUACAUGUCAAUGUUGUAUGAUCUGGCUCGGUAUCAUUUGGGUCAGAAAGUUAUUCUGUUUACGACGGAUGGAAAUUCUCUACAGAUACUUCGCUGUGGAUCGCCAGAUCAACGCUACCUGGCAACAAUCGAUUUUGCUCCAAUUAUCGGAGUCUCAAGCUCCAUUUUGGUGCAAUGUUGGGAAUCUUGUUACCAAAUCAAUAACAACUUUAUUGCUGUGAUUUUUUAUAUAGCCACAAUUCCUCCGAACGUAUCUUUUGAUUCCGUUGAAAAAUUCAGACCUGGGCAGCCACUGGUUAACAGCGAAUUCUACACAGGAUGGUACGAUACGUGGGGAAGUGAGCACGCACACCGUUCAGCUGAACUCGUCCAAGAAAGCCUAAUUGAUCUAAUGAAUUACUCACCGAGAGUGAACGUGAACAUCUAUGUAUUUCAUGGCGGCACAAGCUUUGGAUUUUGGAGCGGGAAGCCGAAAGACGUCCCUGCAACCACAAGCUACGACUUUGAUGCUCCCCUCUCGGAAGCUGGUGACAUGACCUACAAAUACGAAUUGCUGCGCAAAGCCAUUCACAAAUUUCGAAGUCGGCCACUGCCUCCACUUCCCAAAAAUUCGACAAAGAAAGCUUACGGCGAAAUCUCAAUGAAACUUAUUUCCCACUUGCUGCUUCAACGUGGACCAAAGGUGGAGUCGCCAGUUGCGAUGUCUAUGGAAUUGCUACGCCAAUAUGACGGAUUUGUGAUGUACUGUGCAACAAUACCAGCCGGAAAAUCUGAACUCAACGUCACACUGACAAAAUUUGCAGACAUUGCACACGUAUUCACAAGCGAUGGUGGGCUGGAGAUGUUUUGUUACGAGUGGAGAUUGAUGCGUUUGGACGACCUACUUUUUAGAAAGAUCCAGCUGGGUUCCAGAUAUGACGUGGUUUCCAACUUUCUUAUCCGACAUUCUAUGCAGCACUGGCACGGGAAUUUGAAGGCCCCCAACAAUAAGAUCAGCUUGUAUAUGCGAGAACUUCCAUCACAUACAAAACUAAUGCUAUUGCUGGAAAAUACUGGAUAUGUGAAUUUCGGCGAGCUGAUGUGGAACAAUAUCAAGGGACUCUUGGGCACUGUGACCGCAAACAACCAAAUUUUGGGGCCGUGGGAGAUGAUGCCGAUCAAACCAUUGGUGGAACUCGACCAGAGGGCUAUUUUGAAGCAUAAAUCCGAUGACCUGCCGGUUCAGGGAGCCAUAUUCACAGGCGAUUUGACAAUCCCCGAAGCUAGCGAUCUCGCAGACACUUUCAUUGAACCUGUGGGAUUCAGUCGGGGUUUUGCAGCCGUGAACAACCACCUUCUUGGACAUUUUGAUCAAAAUUUGGGGCCGCAGUUACGUCUUUACGUGCCGAAGCAGUUUCUGACUCCUGGCCAAAAUCGUAUCAUCGUGUGUGAGCUUCAAACCCUCUUGGAACCCACGCCGAAGGUGUGGUCGUUUGCGGAAACAAAAUGGACCGUUAAAGCUGAGUGA